CCUCAGCAGCCCGGCUCUCAGCGGCGGCGUCAGCGCCGGAGGGCGGGGCGCGCUCGGGGAGGCGGCUGGAGCUGCGCCGGUGGCGGCUGGGCGCCCGCUAGCCGGCCGGGCCUCCGCCGCCCGCUAACUCGCAUCCCCGCUUCCCUCCCGCCGCGUCCCCGCGCGAAGAUGGCAGCCGACGGGCUGCAUGAGAACGAGACGCUGGCGUCGCUCAAGAGCGAGGCCGAGAGCCUCAAGGGCAAACUGGAGGAGGAGCGGGCCAAGCUGCACGACGUGGAGUUGCACCAGGUGGCCGAGCGCGUGGAGGCCCUGGGGCAGUUUGUCAUGAAGACCAGAAGGACCCUCAAAGGCCACGGGAACAAGGUUCUGUGCAUGGACUGGUGCAAGGAUAAGAGGAGGCUCGUGAGCUCCUCUCAGGAUGGGAAAGUGAUCGUGUGGGAUUCCUUCACCACUAACAAGGAGCAUGCAGUCACAAUGCCCUGCACGUGGGUGAUGGCAUGUGCCUAUGCCCCAUCGGGAUGUGCCAUUGCAUGUGGUGGUUUGGAUAAUAAAUGUUCUGUGUAUCCUCUGACAUUUGACAAAAAUGAAAACAUGGCUGCCAAAAAGAAGUCUGUUGCUAUGCACACCAACUACCUGUCAGCCUGCAGCUUCACCAAUUCUGACAUGCAGAUCCUGACAGCAAGUGGCGACGGCACGUGUGCCCUAUGGGAUGUGGAGAGCGGGCAGUUGCUGCAGAGCUUCCAUGGGCAUGGGGCUGACGUGCUCUGCCUGGACCUGGCCCCGUCGGAAACCGGGAACACCUUCGUAUCUGGGGGAUGUGACAAGAAAGCCAUGGUGUGGGACAUGCGCUCUGGACAGUGCGUGCAGGCCUUUGAAACACACGAAUCUGACAUCAAUAGUGUCCGGUACUACCCAAGUGGAGAUGCCUUUGCUUCAGGAUCAGAUGAUGCUACGUGUCGCCUCUAUGACCUCCGGGCAGACAGGGAAGUUGCCAUCUAUUCCAAAGAGAGUAUCAUCUUUGGAGCUUCCAGUGUGGACUUCUCCCUCAGUGGUCGCCUGCUGUUUGCUGGAUACAAUGAUUAUACCAUCAACGUCUGGGAUGUCCUCAAGGGGUCUCGAGUCUCCAUCUUGUUUGGUCAUGAAAACCGUGUUAGUACUCUGCGAGUUUCCCCUGAUGGGACUGCCUUUUGCUCAGGAUCAUGGGAUCAUACCCUCAGAGUCUGGGCUUAAUCACAGUGCACAUAGGCACCUGAGAAUAGAAUCUGAAAGCAUCACAUGUAAAACAUUUCCAUGUUACAAAGGAAGCAGAGAUAUGGGUAAAAUAGACAGGUUUGAUCUGUGCAUCUUGUGACGGUGGUUUGUAUCAGGAGGGCGGGACAUUUUCUAUCAUUAGAGGGAAAAGCUGAGUGCUGUUUGGGACACAAACGCUUCUCAGAGGAACCAAAACCUUUCUGUGUGGGAACAGAGGAUAGUAAACUUAUUUGAAAACCUGUUUGUGGUAUUAGAUGUAUUAGGAUUAGUAGCAUCUACUCAGGCUAAAGUGAAUCUUGUCCAUAUCAAUUAUACUCGUAUUUAUUGCAUUGCAAGUGUAAUUACAUACACAGAUUGAUAGCUCUUGAAUGAUGAUGUCUUUGCUUCACUUAUAUGGAGGAAAAAACAUAAUAUCCUGCCUUUAUUUAAAAUUCAGCAGAUCCUUCUGGACGAUACCAAGUGCUUUAGUUAUAGGAUCCCUUAUUUUCAAGUGUAGAAGCUUAUCCUUUGUUUUAGAAAACUCCUCAUUCAUGAAGACAGCAUGCAAACUUAGGGAAAUAAAAGGUCACCUCAAACCAAAAACCAUUCCUGGGUGAGGCUUGCCCUCUGGGUGGUUGGGUCUGCCAGGCCAUGUCCUUGUGGUAUCCGAGGGCUGUGCGUGCUGAGUUCCCCGGAUCCUCCGUUCCCUCUCAUGGCCCUUCUCCUGAUGGUAGUUCCAGCUUUGCAGGCCCAGCCCCAGGCUCUGCUGCUUGCAGAGGCCCUUCCAGACCUGGAGCCAUCUGAUAGGCCUAGGCCUAGUGCCCCUGUAAACCUCAGGGGGUGCACCAGGCCCACCCACAAAACUACUCAUUCAGAUAUCAAAAUGAGUCAGAAAUUCCCCAGGCCAGCUUUUCCAUAAACUCUUUUAAAAAAACAUAAUGGUUAUAUUCAAUCAUUUGCCAAGAAAACAUUUACUAAGGGUUUUACUACACAGUAGGUCCUGGAGUAGAGAGAGACAAUGUGAAAAGCCCCUACUCACCUCCCCCAAUCUGCACCCCCUCCAUCUCUGCUGCUCUACCCACCCUGAGAACAAGAGAGAAGACGGGCGGGAGCAGAGCCCAAAGGGACAGCCUUCAGCACCUUCUCCAUUCUGCACAAGGGCUCAGGGGAGUGGGCAGCAGGUCCACCCGGUUCCUGCCAACUGCUGAAGUGCUGGCCCCACAACGUGUCCUGUGAAAUCCCCAAGCUCUGCUCCCAGAAGGUUCUCCCAAGUUUGUUCCUGGGCUCCUAGUUAUGAUACUUCCUUCCCUGUCUCCCACAGACCCUUCCAUGUGUCUGCAAUCUGACCUGGGCCUCCCAGAAGUGAAGGAAGACAGGGCAAAGGAGAAGUCACUCAGGCUCAAGCAAAUUCAAGGUUAUAUAUUUGGAGAGGUGGGAGGUAUUGUCAGUAUACGUGCAAAGUAGUCCCUAACUUUACAAUCAGAAAAGUGAUUUUCAGGGCCCUAAGAAAGUAUUCCCUCCAACACUCACUCCCAUGGGCAUUAAGCCACCUCCCCUAUAAGUAUUUAAUCUCACUUGGGUGUUGUUUAGUAUUAUUAUUGAUGAAAUACUUGGUUGGGAAUAUACCAGAUUACAUGGAGAUUCAGGGAUAAACUUUAGGUAAUAAAUUGUAUUUUGCAUAUUGAAAA